AUGGGUGGAAGUACCGAUGCAUACUGCGGUAGCGGCUGCCAGCCAGGCUUCGGUAAUUGCAAGCCUGCAUCCUCGUCCGCGCCGUCCGCCUCGUCCUCCCCGGCGAAGGCGCCAAUUGCACCGGCCAGUGCGCCCCCAGCCAUGAGCACACACGCGCGUUCAUUGUCUACCUCGUCGUCAAGCACCGUGUCUUCGUCCACUACCUCAUCCCAGGCCACAAGCGCAUCGCUCGCCGACCCUAUUCCAUCUUCUUCAUCCACGAUUCCGUUAGUCGAAAGCCUGUACCCAAGUACUUUCACAACAAGCACAAGCCCAUCGGCUACCGCAGUGGAGAGCUCGCAUUUGCUGGAAGCCGCUUCAGAGUCAACAGCGGCCACUGACAUCGUUUCCGCGCCUAGCGGGCUUUCAACCUCACUCGCAUCGUCUGAGGUCACCGCCUUGACGGACUCUGCCACCAGCUCCUCCAGCGUCCUGGCUAGCCAUGCAGAGUCACUCACCAUUGAUGCCGAGCUUUCGAGCACAGCUGCAGUACCGCUCGCAACAUCAGAGGUCGCUUCCUCGCAAGCCGAGAUUGUCUCUCCCGUCGCAUCAAUUACCGUGCUCGAGACGUCUGUCGAGCCGACCACCACACCUACACCCACGCCCACGCCCACGCCCACGCCAGCAUCCACUGAAUGCCGGGUUGUACCGAUGGAAAUCGAGAUCGAGACCAUUUCCUCCACCGUUGCCCCCGUGAUCAGCGCGUCGCCAUCGUCGGAGCUUGUCGCAUCCUCCGAAACCACCCCCACACCAACCCAAGAGACCGCAACGAGCUCAGUGGCCGAGACGCCGUCGCCACUCCCGGAGAUACUCGCUUCCUCGUCCCCAGCGACUUCGAGCGUCGCGACAUCCACCACGUCGGCCCCAGCAACGUGCAACACGCUCGCCGCGAGUUACAAUCCAUCUUUCGAAAGCGGAGCCAUCGCACCCUGGACCAAUACCUACGCCACCAAUACUUUGUACGGCAAGACCGAGGUUCUUUCGGCUGAUACGGCACCCUUCGCGCCGCUCGACGGAUCACAUGCGCUUUACACUACAAUGACCAAUCGGUACAACGCGCCAGGAUGGCAGUGGAGGUUCACGCUCCAAGACGUCUAUAUUCCAGCCAGCAGCAACUACAACUGCACGGUCGGGUUCAAGAUAGUUCAGGACGACAGUCGCCCGCGAUACACCGUGCAAGCCCGUCUGUAUGUUGACAAUCAACUCGUGUACUAUCCGCAGAACGGUGUGUCGAACGGUUUGUUCACGGGAUCGCCGACGAGUCCAGAAGCGGCUGUUUGGAACACGGUAGGCGGUUCCGGAGUCGCGAAUGCGCAAGACCAGCAUACCGUCAUGGUUCUCGUUCUCUUCAACAAUGCCGGCAUUCUCGCUGCGGGAACGACUUUCGCAAUUGAUAACCUGCAGUGCUUCCCGACGGGGCAAUGCGCAAUGUAG